AUAACACAAUUAGAUAAAGAAAGGUAUAAAUAGGCCAGGUCUUCUGUAGACCACAUUCAGGUAGUUAAGUUUGCUUGAUGAGAACAGAAAUGCGCGUCUUUUUGGCGCUAUGUGUUACAGUAGGGGUGGCCCUCGCGGCCGAACCCGCAAGGUACAAUCCAGUUGCACCUGAUUAUGAAACCACAAAACCACCGGGAGGAUACGGAUCCGCCUGGUUUAAAGACGGCCGUUACAACCCCGGUGAUUAUGAGCCUGGCCGUUACGACACUGGCCGUUACGACCCCGGCCGCUAUGAUCCCGACAAGUACAACAGCCAGGGAAAGUAUAUCCCUGACGACUCUGGUAAAUACAAUGGCGAUCGAGGUGACCGCGGUUUGGCGGGCGGUUUUUACACUGGCUCCAGCGACCGUGGCGGCCCUGGCGGUCCUGGCGGUCCCGGCGGUCCCGGCAGCCUGGGUGACGGCUACGAUCCUAACCGUGACAAAAUUCCCAAAUACAAGCCCGACAACAGCGGUGGAUCUGGUUCUGCAAACAAGCCAAAACCUGUUGUUACCGCUGCUCCAGUCAUUGUCACUGCAGCUCCUACUUUUGCCCCCAAAGUGACAGAAGGCAACUACGUUUACGAACAUGGUCUCAUUCGUUACGACAACAAAAUCGACCCGGAAGACGGAUACCAUUACUUAUAUGAAACCAAGAACACGAUCCUUCACGAAGAAUCUGGAAAAAUUGAGAAAAUCGAUGCCCAAAAUGAAGGAAUGAGAGUUAAAGGAUUCUACGAGUACAUAGCUCCUAAUGGAAUCAAAUACAGGGUGGACUAUACGGCCGACGAAAACGGAUUCGUUCCAGUGGGAGACCAUAUCCCUAAGUAAAUCUAGUCUUGUCACAGUAAUUUAUAUGAUAAUAAUAGUCUGUUAAAUUACUCGUGACAAUAUGUGUCACCGAACUGCAAAGUGUACCUUAUUAUGGAAAUAAGAUAAAUAAAUAAAGAAGUUGUUCCUGGAAUUUGUUAUUUCUCGUUAUGACGUCAUGUUCUUAUGUAAGAACUUGUUUAAGUUCAUUUUAAAGUUACCACUGUAUAAUGUGAUACCAUUUAACCUGUUGAUAUUUCUAUUUCAAGAUAAUUAAAUCUGAGGCCACAAUGAA